AUGCUCUCGCCAGCGACGAUCAACGACUCCGACUCAACCGCAGCGUUGCCCCUCGACCGCGUCGAAAGCACUGGCUCUCACUCUCAUUCUCAGUCGCGGUCUCACACCCACUCUCACUCGCUCUCUCACUCCCAGGGCCCCUCUCACUAUGGCGCCGCUGCGGUGACUCCAGCUGCGUCGACGUGGGGCCUCGGCGACCCGGCACCUUCGCAGCAUCUCUCCCCCGAGGCGUCAACAUCACCGGCAGAGUCAUGGCGUCUGGAUGAGUUUGUGACGGACCCUGGUUACCUCGCCUACCAGGAGGAACUGCGAUGCCUCAUCUUCAACACCGCCCAAACCGCCGCGCCCACCAGAGAGGGCACGCCCGAAGCCGCAGAUGGCGGGUUCGCCGCGGGAGGCUUCGCUGCCCCGGGGACUAUGCUGGGCGACGAUUCGGCAGCGCGGAGGCAUGCUGGACAGAUCUUAGGUACGGGAAGGAGGUUGGAGUAUCUCAAAAACUACGUCGGUGAAGUCGCGCCAUGGCUCGACAUGUUCGACAGCGACCGCGCCUUUGGCAUCCAAGUCCCGGUAUUGGCACGCAGCUCUCCCGCCCUCUUGUAUGCCGUCCUGGCUCUGUCGGCACGCCAGAUGGAGCGCAAAGAGGGCAAGCAGACAUCCUUCGACAGCCUAGAGCUCUACCAAGAGGCCAUCCGGCUCCUGACGCCCCUGCUCCAGUCCCGAGACCAGAAGAUCAUCCCCAUCUGCACCAUUCUAUGCUGCCUGGAGAUGAUGUCCGCGAGUGCGCAGGACUGGCGCAAACAUCUCGAAGGCUGCGCGGCGCUCUUUGACUCUUUCUAUGUCCACGGGUUCAGCGGCGGCCUCUUACAAGCCGUGUUCUGGUGCUACGCUAGGAUGGAUCUCUGCGGUGCCCUCAUAUCCGACGGCACCGAAAGCACCCUCCUCACGCCCUCCAAAUGGCUCCCCAGCGGCGCCUCCCACAACGACGCGCGCGAGCUCUUCCACCAGUCCGGCGGCACCCCCGACAUGCACGCCAACUACGCCGUCUACCUCUGCGCCAAGGUCUGCGAGCUCGUCGCCGACAGGACGCGCUACUUCGAGCUCGGCGACGCCGGCACCAGCAGCAGCCCCGACGAGCUGACCGACCGCUGGGUCCGCCUCUGGGAGGACCUGCAGGCCUGGACGCGCGACCGCCCGCCCGAGCUGCUGCCGGUGCAGAGCAUCCAGAGCAGCCCGUUCCCGCAGAUCCUGUUCCUCCACUGGGCGGCGAUAUCGUCGAAUCAGCUGUAUCACACGGCGUGUACCCUGCUGCUCGGGUCAAUGCCGCGGCCGCUGAGUAUCAAGCUCGGCGGCGUCACGGGGUCUGCGAUAUGGCACGCGAAGUGUAUUUGUGGCAUCUCCCUGGCGAACCCGCACCAGGGCUGUCUGAAUAAUGCGAUCCAGCCGCUGUGGGUGGCCGGCCGGCUGCUCAGUCACAAGUCGGAGCACGCGCUGCUGGUGAGGCUCAUCCGCAGCAUCGAGGCCGUCACCGGAUGGGGGACGUGCUGGAGGAUCGACGACCUCGAGACCGCGUGGGGAUACAAGGUUCGCAAAGAGCUCAGGGUUGCUGACAUGGCAAGAUGA